AUGGCCGGACCGAGCAAGAAGCCGCGUCAGUCCGGCGCCGGCCUGGCGGGUCUCGCCGCGCGCCUCACCAAGCGCCUGGCCGACGAGAACCCGCGCGCCAACCUCGUCUUCUCCCCGCUGUCCAUCUACGCGGCCGUCUCGCUCCUGGCGCCCGGCGCCCGGGGAGACACCCUGGCCGAGAUCCUCCGGCUCCUGGGCGCCCGGUCUCGCGACGAGCUCGAGGAGUCCAUCUCUACCAUCGUGGCCGACGCGCUGAAGGACCGAUCCGGUUCCGGCGGGCCGAGAGUCGCGUUCGCGUGCGCCGUGUGGAACGACAGGACGCGCCCUCUGAAGCCGGCGUACCGCGAGGCCGUCGUCGGCACGUACAUGGCGGAGGCGCGCGCGGCGGACUUCCACGAGAACGCCGGGGAGGCGGCGGAGCAGAUCAACGCCUGGGUCGCGGAGGUCACGAGGAGCCUCAUCGAUAACAUCGUGUCCGCCAAGUCCUUUGACACUCACACUGACGCCGUGCUCGCCAACGCCAUGUACUUCAGAGGGAAGUGGGACUUGCCGUUCUACGAGCGGAGCACGACGGACAGGCCGUUCCAGCUGCUCGACGGCGCCACGGUCGACGCGCCCUUCAUGUACAACUCGGACCGCCACUUCAUCGCCGUGUACGACGGGUUCAAGGUGCUCAAGCUGCAGUACAAGAUGCAGCAACAACAAAGAGACCCUUGGUCGUCGACGUCCAGCUUGAAGAAAGGCCCGCAGUACUCCAUGUGCAUCUUCCUACCGGAUGCGUACGACGGCUUGCGCACCCUCCUCGACGAGAUAACGUCCAGGCCAGGGUUCGUGCACGACCACCUGCCGUCUAGCAAGGUCAAGGUCUGCCAUUUCGGUGUUCCCAAGUUCAAGCUUGAGUUCCUCAGCAACGUCACCCAAAUUCUCAAAGACUUGGGACUUGUGCUGCCGUUCUGCAUGGGUGCCGACCUGUCCGACAUGAUGGAGGCCGACCGCAGCGGUUUGCCCUUGGUGGUGCAAGACGUCUUCCACAAGGCUGUUGUUGAGGUCAACGAGGAAGGCACUGUAGCUGCGGCGGUCACCAUCAUGCGGAUCGCUCCUGGAUGUGCGCCGGGGAUGAUGCGGGAGCCGACGGUGGAUUUUGUCGCCGACCAUCCGUUUGCGUAUUUCAUUGUCGAAGAGACUUCGGGGACGAUCCUCUUUGCAGGGCAUGUCGUGGAUCCUACCGAUGGCAAAGCCGGACAGCCUGCUGCGGCCACAUCUAGAGGAUUCGAGUUGCCGCUCAUGACCAAACAUCCGCUGACGAGGAAUGCUAGCAAAACUGGCCUGGGAACCCUCGCUGUCGGGCUCGCGAAGCGCCUCGCCGAGGAGAGGGUAGACAAGAACAUGGCGGAGGCGCGCGCCGCGGACUUCCACGAGAACGCGGGGGAGGCGGCGGAGCAGAUCAACGCCUGGGUCGCGGAGGUCACGAGGAACCUCAUCGACAGCAUCGUCUCCGCCAAGUCCUUUGACGCUGACACUGACGCCGUGCUCGCCAACGCCAUAUACUUCAGAGGGAAGUGGGACUUGCCGUUCUACGAGCGGAGCACGACGGACAGGCCGUUCCACCUGCUCGACGGCGCCACGGUCGACGCGCCCUUCAUGUGCAACUCGGACCGCCACUGCAUCGCCGUGUACGACGGGUUCAAGGUGCUCAAGCUGCAGUACAAGAUGCAGCAACAACAAAGAGACCCUUGGUCGUCGACGGCCAGCUUGAAGAAAGACCCGCAAUACUCCAUGUGCAUCUUCCUACCGGACGCGUACGACGGCCUGCGCACCCUCCUCGACGAGAUAACGUCCCGGCCAGGGUUCGUGCACGACCACCUGCCGUCUAGCAAGGUCAAGGUCUGCCAUUUCGGUGUUCCAAAGUUCAAGCUUGAGUUCCUCAGCAACGUCACCCAAAUUCUCAAAGACUUGGGACUUGUGCUGCCGUUCCGCAUGGGUGCCGACCUGUCCGACAUGAUGGAGGCCGACCGCAGCGGUUUGCCCUUGGUGGUGCAAGACGUCUUCCACAAGGCUGUUGUUGAGGUGAAUGAGGAAGGUACCGAAGCCGCGGCUGUCACCAUGGUUAUCGACACUGAAGGAUGCACCAUGGACAGUCGGGAGAGAUCACCUCCGCAAGUGGAUUUCGUUGCCGACCAUCCGUUUGCGUUCUACAUAGUGGAGGAGGCAACUGGCGCGGUUGUCUUCGCCGGGCAUGUCCUCGACCCCUCCAAGGAGGAGCAGCGGCUGAGCCGUCUAUUUGGAUUUCGGAACUAA